CACCACUGCUCCCACCACAGGGGCCACACCACUGCUCCCACCACAGGGGCCACACCACUGCACCCACCACAGGGGCCCCACCACUGCUGCAUGUCAUACAAUAAAACCCCCAUCAUAAAAUAUAAACUUCUGAUACAAUAUAAUCUGUAGAGAAAAUGUAAUCUCCCCCCAAUACAUUCUAACCCCGCAUUAUACAUUAUCCCCCUCCCAUAUAUUAUAACUCCCCUCCCCCAUACACUGUAACCCCCUCGGCCCCGGUUGGUCCCCCGCCCCCUCCUCAGUUUCGCCGCCCCCGGCCGCACAGCCCCAGCAGGAUGGCCGGGCAGAGCGGGAGCGCGGUGCUGCGCUGUCUGCUGCUCUGCGCCCUGUGUGCGCCCUGCGCCGCCCGGAGCCUGAGCAAGAGGGCGCUGCACCCGAGGGGCCCCGACAAGGACGAGGACUAUGAAUACCCGCUGCACCCACACAACACCAACUUUCAGAAGAACGACCGUUGCCCUCCCCCGCCGCAGACCCUGCCGGAGCGCGCCUGCGACGUCCUGAGCUGCAGAGCUGACUCUGAAUGUGAGCGCCACAAGCGCUGCUGCUUCAAUGGAUGCAUAUACGCCUGCCUGGAGUCCGUGCAGCCCCCUCCAGUGCUGGACUGGCUGGUGCAGCCCAAACCACGCUGGCUGGGGGGUAACGGCUGGUUACUGGACGGACCCGAGGAAGCAUUACAAGCGGAGGCCUGCAGCACGACAGAGGACGGGGACGAGCCGCUGCACUGCCCCACAGGGUACGAGUGCCAUAUAAUUAACCCCGGCAGCCCAGCUGAGGGCAUCCCAAACAGAGGGCAGUGCAUCAAGCAGAGGGGUAACUCAGAUGGGAGGAGCCUGCGGCACAAAUACCCGAAGGAGCAUCACGGCGGGAAUUAUAACAACAUGGUGGUCACAGUCGAUAAGCAGAGCCAGAGACAGCUCGGCUAGAGGUAGUCAGUGACCCCCUAUAGAGGACGUAUAGAGCGCUAUCAGCCAUGUUCCUGGUGCGACGACGAGAGCCGCAGUGCCUUACGCCCAUCCCUGCGCCGCGGCCGCCAUCUCCUACUGACCAAUUAGAUGAAGGCUGAAGCUGCGGCAGAGACUUGGCUUUUUUGUAUCUUCCAGAAUCGGCAACUGCGCAAAUAAUGAAGCGUGAAACCAAAAGAGCAAAAAAAUACAAAGAGAUUGAAAUGUGAAAAAAAAUUAAAUUAGGUUUCCUCUCUAUUCCGCACGGAGCGCCAGCGGCCCGGCGAGGGGGCGGAGCAGUAAUCGCCAAAUAUUGUAGGAGGAGCUCAGCGCCAAAUCUAAAUAAAGCUUUGAUGUUUGAA